AUGCCGCCGCCCGCCCGUGUGCUGCUCGGCCUGCUGGCAGUGCCCGCGGCGCUCGCCCACGGCGGCCACGCCCACACGCCGCACGCGCCCGUCGACGAGAGCGUGCCCAUCGACGCCGUGCUCUGGACGCACAUCGCGCUGCAGACGGCCCUCUUCCUCGUCGUCUUUCCGCUCGUCAUGGUGCUGGGCCUCACGCGCUCGCGCCUCCACGUGCCCCUCGCCGUCGCCGCGCUGGCGCUGUGUGCGCCCGGCUAUGUGAUGGGCCAGCGCCACGGCGGGCGCCGCUACUACCACACCGUGCACGGCUCGCUCGCCAGCGUGCUGCUGUGGUACAUGGCGGCGCAGGCGCUCAUGGGCGUGUACCUCAAGCUGCACCUCACGCUCGGCGCGCGCUGGCUGCGCCCCGCCGUGCUGCGCGUGCACGGCAUCGUCGGCUUUGGCUUUCCCGUGCUCGGCUGGACGCAGAUGCUCUUCGGCGUCAUCACGCUGCGCUCGUGGUGCUUCGGCGGCGCGCUCGGCCAGUGCGUGGCGCACCACCUGAUGGGCAGCGCCUUCGCUGCCUACGCCGUGCUGCUGCUGCUCAUGUGCAAGACGGGCGUGGCGUGGCUGCGGCGCCGGCGCUGCAGCCAGGAGAUGAUCGACUCGAGCGUCAUCUGCGCCUGGGGCGUCGUCAAUGCCUUCACCGAGCACCAUGGCGGCCCAUGGACACACAAGGAUCUGCAGCACACGCUCCUCGGCGUCAUGUGGGUCUUUGGCGGCCUCGCCGGCAUCUGGACGAGCCGCGGCCGGAGGCGCAGUGCGAUUCCGGGCAUCAUCAUCCUGGUGCGUGCCCAGGCUCCGGCACCGCGUGCUGCUCUGCUGACGCGCGCACAGCUCACCGGCUGGGCCAUGAGCGGACACGCGCAGGAGCUCAUGAUCAGCACGAUGAUCCAUGCCCUCUUUGGCUAUACGCUCAUGGCCGCGGGCAUCUGCAAGAUCAUCGAGGUCUGCUUUGUGCUGCACGACGAGCCGACGGGCGAGCCCGUCGACGAGAGUCCGGAGGAGGAGCAGGCGAGGCUCGCACUCGGGCAUGGCCCCGGCGAGACGUGGUGGCGCGUCCGCGCCUUCCAGUACUUGACUCCGUGGCUGCUGAUGGCGUCGGGCGUCCUCUUCAUGUCCGGCACAAACGACGAGCUGCAGUGGGCCGACAGCCAGGGCAUCGACCACAUCACGUGGGGCCUCAUCGACUUCUCGCUCAGCCUGGGCCUCUUCUUCUGGGCCAACGUGCUCAUCGACCUCUACACGAGCUCGGGCGGCCGCUCUGGUGCCGCGCGCAACUCGCGCCGCAGCGCCACACAUGCUCUCGGCGGGCUGGAGUCCGGCGCGAACGGCAGCAGCUCGCUGUACCAGCGCCUGGCCCGCGCCUCUCUGUCGACGCCGCGUGGCACGGCGCCCGCUGCGCGCGAGACGGAGAGCGAGGACGGCAGCUUCGAGAUGGGCUCGCGCGGCGGCAAGGAGGAGGAGCAGACGCACGUGCUCUUCGACGAGCAGGACGGCGACGAGGAUGCCGAGAGCACAGGCGUGUUCGAGCGGCGCUGA